AUGGCAUCCGAAAGUUCCCCAGAAGGAGAGCAUUGCCUCUCCUUCGCAAAGAUCGCUGCUAUGGCCUCACAGUCGAGAUCGGAAGUUAACGUGGCAUUUGAUGAGAAGAAUGGUUCACAGUCUGUCAGAGAGCCCCCGUGCUCAGAAUCUUUGGAGUCGAAACACGUCCUACCGAGCCAAGUGAUCUCGAACAAGGAUGAUGAAGUCAACGCCGCCGAUCGAAGUUUCGAUAACCUCUCGCACACAUUACAAGAUGUUCAUAUCACAGAGAAGAAGGGCCAAGAGAGUCCCGACUCCCCCGCCGAAGUUCAACAAAACGGGUCUCUGAAACGGGAGACAUCUUUCGAAGAUGACCGUACACAUCUGUCAAACUCCUCAACCAAACCGACAAGUUUCGACUCAAAGAGUAUGGCCUCGGUCACUACCUUCGCAAUGGACGAGAAAGACUCAUUACGGCCUGAUGAUAGUGCCAGUGUUCAAGCUGUUGACGAAGAGGAAUCCCUUUCCGGAAUAGCAUCUGGUGCACCGAACUCGCUGACUGGAUCUGAAGCUGGUACUCGCGGGUUCAGGGAUAUACAGAGAGCUCGCGCAGUACUGCAAACCGCCGGCCCUCUAUUCACGGACGGUAACCAGCGGCCAAAUGGCGCUAUGAUCUCAGAUUCUGUUUCCAGCAAUUUUGUUAUCGCCAACCAGGAAGCUUUUGGGAGUGGGCAGUCCAUAUCCAUGCAUCCAUUUCCAAUGGAACCAGAUGAGAAACUUCUCGAGGCAAUGAAGUCCCCGAAAGAUCGUCUUUUGAUUCUGCAACUAGAGGAAAAAGUCAGACAUUUUAUUCAACAUUCUAAGGAGCAAUCCCUAGAACUGCCACCUUCCAAUGCGUUUGGGCGCUUGCUUGCCCAUAAAUUAGGCGAUUACUACCAUUUAACUCAUUUCGUGGACAACAAUGUCACGUCGGUUCGACUUCAUCGAACUCCUUUCACUCGGCUACCCACGCCUCUCUCUGCUAUACACGCCGCAACAAACAACACCCCACCCCCUGCUAUGCCUGCCAUGAAAAUCAUGCGUCGUACCGACAGCGAGCGGCCUUCUACCGAAGGAAGUGCAGCGGCGAGCUCUGCAUUUGCUUCAAAAACUGGAUCAGAAGCUGGUGAUAGUGCAAAUGACGGAGAGCGUGGCAGCUCUUCAGCAGGAGCUACCCCGGCCAAGGACCGGUUGACGCUCACCAGGGAAGAACGGGAGGCCAAAUAUCAAGAAGCUCGGGAACGAAUUUUUCGCGAUUUCCCAGAAGCAAAGCCUUCAGAUGGCGCAAAUGGCGAGCAAGGUACCAACAUGUCGCGCUCGAGUUCGACCAACGGGCGUAAAAAAGCACAAAGGCAAAAAACACCACAUGAUGACAGCUUUGAAGUCAGGUCCCAGUUCAAUGUCUACUACCCUGGGGUUCACUAUCCUCAUGGUCCAGGUCCCUACAAUGUGGCCGCCAAUGACUCUUCGUUCGCUGGUCAACCAUGUAUGGUGGGACCUGGAGUGACCCCGCCGGGCAUGGGUUAUGCUCAUAAUGGCCAAAAUGGGACCAUGUAUCCUAACCAUAUGAAUAUGGGCUCCAUGCCUCAUUAUUCAAUGCCCGUGUCUCCUCAGAUGACUCCAAGUGGACCGUGGCAGAACGGAGCUGUACCUCAGCAGUCCCCGUUUUCUGGGUAUGCCUCUAUCAAUCAGUCACCGGCUAUGACAUCCACGAAAUCAUCGCCUGCAUUGAACAGCUAUCCUGUGCCAAACGCUGUACAAUUUCAGCACACGCCUCAAGGAUGGUCCUCCCCACCGUAUCAUGGAGGUUACCAGCAGUCCUCGCAUAGGAACCAACCUCCAAUGCCAUGGGCAAAUUACUCAUCUCAACCUGUCACUCCUACAUCCUACCCUUAUGGUCAAUAUCCUGGACAACCCAUAAAUACAGGCAAUGCAGGUGUCCAUCCAUUGCCGGGAAGUUUCAGUCGGUCCCCAUUCAACCCUCAGACACGUUCAUUUGUUCCUGGCGGCACGUCCUUGGCACGGCACCCAAGCAAGAAUGGUCAGCAUGGUAUGAAUCCAUACCCUACUAUGCAACCUGGUGUUCAGCCUCAGUGGGCUGGGUACCAAGAAGCUAGUAAGAACUUAGAGGCAACAGCGCCCAUGGCGCUCAAUACUCCUCGCGGGCCACCCCCGGGUAGUAGAGACUCUAUUGCGAAAUGGGGGACACCGUCCCACCUUCCUCCUAAGCCACCGCCGUCUGAAGUUCCAUCUGAGUUCGAUCUGAAACAUCGGACCGGGCCCACGACUACCCACCCUUACUCUGGAAACCCCCAUCCGAAUAAUAAGAAUGGCCCGCUCGUCGUGUCAGGAGGAGCAAGAGGCAACUAG